UCCUCCUCCUCCUUCGUCUUCUUCUUUUCGCGGGGAGAGCCGACUUGAUGCGCAUAAUAAAUGAAAGAAGAAGCCCGGUUUCAGACGGACGCUUGUUGGAUUUUGGGGGAGCGUAAACAGAGGCGAAAGUCGAGCCUCGUGAAGGCAGGAGGAGGAGGAGGAGGAGGAGGGGUGUUUUAAAAUGUGAUUCAUUUCGGCAAACAACGUGGGUGUGUGUGUGUGUGUGUGUAUGAGUGUGUGCGUGUUAUUUGCGGGGAGUGGAGGAGAGGAGGCUGAGCCGCGAUAUGAAACGCAUGUGUUUCCGACUCCUGCGUCCUCCGCUCUCUGUGACUGGACCCGGGCUCACCUGUAUGAACGACCUUGCGUUUGUGACCGAAUUUUUCCUAACGAGAUUUCCGUGGAGGAUCAUCAGCCCGUCGUUUUAUUCUGAGGGCUGAUUAUUGUUAUUUAUUAUUUAUUUAUUUAUUACUCCCUCUGCUCUCCAGAUACCUCAGGAUAAGGAGGUCACCCUCCUUUCACUCUGAGAAGUGCCGUUUCAAAGCUUAUUGGAUGAAAGUCUCAUUUAUUCCUGGCUGCCAAAGAUGACGCUGCCAUGGAAACUGCUUCUAUUGCUAUCAAUCAUCAGCCGUCUGACAGAUUGCAUGGACAGUGGGUCAUACCAUGGCCCACGGUGGAGGAUGGAGCCGGGGGACUUGUUUAUCCCUGUUGACUCCAUAGAGGAAGAAGCCACCUUAACAUGUGAUGCUAAAGGAACGCCUCCUCCUCAGUACAGAUGGUCACUAAACGGGACUCUCAUAAAUCUGGGCCUGGAUCGGCGGCGGCGUCUGUCUGGGGGCAACCUCAUUAUAAGCAAUCUGGAUCGCUACCAGGAUGUAGGAAUGUACCAGUGUAUGGCCUACAACACUGUUGGAGCUAUCCUGAGCAGGAGAGCCAGUCUACUGUUUGCCUACUUAGAUCAUUUCAAAGUUCACACCAGAAGCGCUGUGUCGGUGCGAGAAGGACAAGGAGUGGUGUUACUGUGUGGCACUCCUACUUCCUCCGGAGACCUUACUUAUGCGUGGGUCUUCAACGAGUAUCCGUACUUCGUUCAGCAAGACAACCGGCGUUUCGUCUCCCAGCAGACGGGCAACCUUUACAUCUCAAAGGUGGAGCGCUCUGACGUGGGUAACUACACGUGUGUUGUGAUGAACAGCAUCACGAAGGGCAAGGUUCACAGCUCGCCUACGUCUCUCAUUCUCAGGACGGACGGAGUGAUGGGUGAAUAUGAGCCGAAAAUAGAAGUUAAUUUCCCUGACAAUGUACCUGCUGCAAAAGGAUCAACAGUUACUCUGGAGUGUUUCGCCCUUGGGAACCCGGUCCCAGAGAUCACCUGGAGGAGAGCCAACGGAGUCCCGUUCCCCAGCAAAGUUAAAAUGAAGUACUCCAACGCUGUGCUGGAGAUCCCUAGCUUCCAGCAGGAUGACACGGGAGGGUACGAGUGUGUGGCUGAGAACAAGAUGGGCAAGAACAUGGCUGCUGGUCGACUGGCUUUUUAUGCCAAGCCCCAGUGGAUCCAGACCAUGAAGGACACAGCCCUGGCCAUAGAGGACAGACUCUACUGGGAAUGUCGAGCCAACGGCAAGCCCAAACCCUCCUACACGUGGCUGAAGAACGGCCAGCAGCUCCUCUCAGAGGAUAGGAUCCACGUGGAAGACGGAGUCCUGUCAGUGUCCGUGCUGACACUAUCUGAUGCUGGCAUGUACCAGUGUGUGGCUGAGAACAAACAUGGCGUUAUAUAUUUCGCUGCUGAACUAAUGGUUUUAGCCUCUCCUCCAGACUUCACAGGCAACGUCCUCAGAGCUUUGCUCAAAGCCAAGGCAGGAACUACAGUCACUCUGGACUGUAAACCCAAAGCCUAUCCCACAGCAAGCAUCUUAUGGAAGAAAGGAAACCUGCCUAUCCACACGAAUGACAGGAUCACACUUUCCCCAGACGGAACUCUGAGGCUUGCGAAUGUGAGCAAAUCUGAUGCAGGCAGCUACACGUGCUUCGCCAGGAACAGAUUUGGGAUGUCAAGUACAACUGGAAGGCUGCUGGUUACGGAUCAAACCAGAUUUAUCCAGGGGCCAGUGGACAUGGAAAUCCUUGUCGGUGAGAGUGUUGUGUUACCCUGUCAAGUCUCCAGUGACCCCGUCCUUGAUGUUUCCUUUUCCUGGGCUUUUAACGGACAGCUGAUCACCAACGGAGACGGUCACUUUGAGCUGGUGGGCGCGCAGAGAACAGCGGGGGAUCUGAUGAUCAGGAACAUUCAGCUUAACCAUGCUGGCAAAUAUAUCUGUGUGGUGGACACAGACGUGGAGAGCCUGUCAGCCGUGGCUGUAUUGAUUGUGAAAGGCCCCCCCAGCCCUCCAGACUUGGUGACGGUGGAGGAGGUGACAGACAGCACGGCACAGCUGGCCUGGAGCCCCGGCAGGGACAACGGCAGCCCCAUCUCCAGCUACCUUAUCCAGACAAGAACUCCGUUCACCGUGGGCUGGCAGAGGGUGAACACAG